AUGAUAACACCUGUAACUCCCCCAACAAGAGGCCUUGUCCUCCCCUGUCCUGCUUCUCCAUCCAAAGCCUCUUUCUCCUAUAAGAUGACAGUGGGCAGUGAAGUCUCUGACAAUACACUGAAAUUGUGUGCUAAUUUGUUCAGUUCUAACUAUGGUAUUUGGGGCAAUCAGGCAGCUACAAUCUCCAAAUUUACUGUAGCUGGGAAACAGGUCAAGAUGACCAGUGCAAGACUACAAUCCCAAUGUUCAUCUCACCUGGAGAGUAGUGUUUUGGUAACCUGCUACAUCCAAGUUGAUCCACUUGAGAGUGAGCAUCCUCAACUUUACAGGCACACAUUUGCCACAGUCUGGGACUAUGGUGAAAAUAAAGUUGGCUGGGUGAUGCAGCUUGUCGUUGAUGAAGCAGUCCAUCAGUGUUACAUCACAACCCACCUCUUGCAAGCUCUGAAGUGCCAUACCUUAUUUGCCUGUGUUAACAUUGUUGGUCUUGUCUUGUCUCACCCUGCUGCUUGCAAUGCUUUGGCAAAAUGUGCUGCUGCUAAUAUCAAGGAUGUUGAGUUGGACUUCAUUUGUCAAUAUGCAAAGGGCAUUCUGGCAUCUUCCCCCAUUAGCUAUCUAAAGGCCACUCAACUGAGGGGUUCACUCUUCCAAGACAGCUAUGACAACAGAGCUAUAUCAUCUGUGUUCACCAAGUUUUAUGUUGACCACACUGAGCCUUUAGCAGUGUUAGAACAGUACAAGAAAAAAGGUCAAUGGUGCUUGGAUGAGCUUCUUGACAGACAUGAAUUUCUUGCUGUUUUUCCUAUUGCACCUGUGAGCCCAGUUUGUGACAAUAACUAG